UGAGACGCCGCUGUCGGCAGAGCAGGUCACUUUCUCCAGCUGCGGCGUCCCGCGAGUUAAAUUCACACUCGCUUCUCAGCUUCGGUGUCAGUUGAUGGAGACUGUCCACAUGGUUACAGUUUGUAUCUCCAGCGGCAUGUUUUCAUGCGCUUUUCUUCCUCGCGCUCCACAGUGAAGAGGACUUUUUUUUCGGGUGUUCGGCUUGGUUCAUCCCGUUCAUGACGCCGGCGGGCUCGCAGUCCGAGUCCCGCCUGUCAUAGGGCGCCAUGGUUUGUCUCCUCAAGUGGACCAACAUGGAUUUAAUGUUGCUGCUCCUGGUGCCCGCGCUGUGGCUCUCGCCUCUGUCAGACGGGGCUCCUUCGCUGACCGCAGAGCAAAUGGACAUGGGGGUGGACUGGCUGAGCAAGUUUGGCUACCUUCCACCUCCUGACCCUGUGACCGGCCAGCUUCAGACCAAGGAGGCUUUGACUAAAGCUAUCAAAGCCAUGCAGAGGUUUGGAGGCCUUAAGGAAACUGGAGUCUUGGACCAAGCCACAGUGAGCCUUAUGAAAACCCCCCGAUGUUCUUUGCCAGACAUGGCUGAGGCUGAAGGACGGCUGGGCCGCAGAAGAAGAGCAGCAAGCCCUCAAAACAAAUGGGCAAAAAGACAUUUGUCAUGGAGGGUGAGGACAUUCCCGAAAGAUUCCGCCUUGUUGGGCAGGGACACUGUUCGAGCCUUGAUGUACUACGCCUUAAAAGUCUGGAGUGACAUUGCUCCUCUGAACUUCCACGAGGUGGCCGGCAGUGACGCUGACAUUCAGAUCGACUUCACUAAGGCCGACCACAAUGAUGGAUAUCCGUUCGACGGGCCGGGGGGCACGGUGGCUCACGCUUUCUUCCCCGGGGAGAGAUUCACUGCCGGGGACACUCACUUUGAUGAUGAUGAGGCGUGGACUUUCAGAGCACCAGAUUCCCACGGGAUGGAUCUGUUUGCAGUUGCUGUCCAUGAGUUUGGGCACGCUAUCGGUUUGGUCCACACCUCCGCCAUGGAAUCCAUCAUGAGACCCUACUACCAGGGCCCAGUCGGAGACCCUCUGAAAUAUGAUCUGCCCUAUGAAGACAAAGUUCGCGUCUGGCAGCUUUACGGCGUCCGGGACUCUGUGUCGCACACCACACUGCCGGGGAACCCCUCCCAGACAGCAGAGCCCCCGGUGCUGUUGGACUUACCAGAGAACAGAUCAGCUGUCUUUUUGGCCCUGGAUGCCCCGGACCGAUGCAGCAGCAACUUUGAUGCUGUGGCACAAAUUCGAGGGGAAGCCUUCUUUUUCAAAGGAAAGUAUUUCUGGCGUCUAACCCGAGAAAAGCAUCUGGUUUCUCUGCGUCCUGCUCAGAUCCAUCGUUUCUGGAGGGGCCUGCCCCCAAACCUGGACAGCGUGGAUGCAGUUUACGAGAGGCCAGGGGACCAUAAAAUUGUCUUCUUUAAAGGUUUAAAGUACUGGGUUUUUAAAGACAAUAACGUGGAGGAGGGCUACCCCCGUCCCAUCAGUGACUUUGGAUUACCCUUGGAAGGGGUGGAUGCUGCCUUUGUUUGGCUGCACAACGACAAAACCUACUUCUUCAAGGACAACCAGUACUGGCGAUAUGACGACCACCUCAGACGAAUGGACGCAGGAUAUCCGAAAGAGAGCGCUCUGUGGAAAGGGCUGCCACCACAUCUAGACGAUGCCAUGAGGUGGUCUGAUGGCUCAUCCUAUUUCUUCAAGGGGAAGGAGUACUGGCGGGUGCCGAGCAGCGACAUGGAGGCAGAGGCUGGAUUCCCCCAAAUGAUCGCCAAAGACUGGCUUCUGUGUGCUGAGAUGCAGUCUGACUCUCCAAACGCAGAGCCCAAAAGCACGGAGACGCGUGUGAAGGUGCACCAGCACCCUGACCACGCGGAGAAUGGCUUCGAGGUGUGUUCCUGCACCUCUGACUCUGCCUCACCUCUGGGUGUCCAACUUUCUCCGUCUCCCCUCUGGCUGUUGUUGCCACUCUGGACACUCUUGCUCGCCGUCCGCUCUGAACUGCGAUGAUGCCAAACGUGGAAGCGAGUUGAGAAAACAAGAGGGCUGACAAACAGUUCCACAUCGAAGGUGGAAUAUUUUGUUUCAUGACUUGUUUCGUAUCGCAAAAUGCCCUAUUAUUUAUUCAACGCCCCGUCUGGUUGUCGUCUGCAGGCCCUGCAGCAUCACUCCUAAAGAUGACCUGCAUAAUUAUGUUACGUUACAACCCAGUGAUUUAUCUUCACCACUCAGUGCGGGCUACACAGCAUGGGUAUGACUGAUCGGUGCAUCCCAGUUAAAGUGAUGAGAAGCGCUCUUGUCAUAAGCAGGUGGUUUUAAAGUCGUUGCAUUUAUCAGUAAUAGUCAGAACACACAAUUAUUCAAGGUCAUCACUGUACUGAAACAAAAACCAACUGGCUGCAGGAGAAAUUAGCAACAUUGUUUUAAAUUGGUUCCUCUACCACUUGUUAUGUUGUGUUUCUUUUUCAGAAGCUCUCAUUUUUGAUCAGCUCCUUAAGAGCCCAGGAAAUCUAUAUGAACCAACUGCUGGUCAUGAGUCUUGGCUGCCCAACAUUCCAAGGGCAACUUUGCCAUCUUGUGUUGUGGGGCGGCUGUACAGCACCACGUUAGUGCUCGAGCCCUAAGAGGCCAUAAACAGAAGGCCACGCAGGAUCAACAUUAGUUACAUGUUGCAGAGUUUCAGCUGUUGUAGGAUGUUACGGGACUGGAUCAGGCCUGGACUUUGACAUGCGUUACCAAAGCAUUGCGUUACUCAUCUGCACCCUGGGAACAUUUCAGAGCCGAGCUUCUUUGCUGCCGCUGAACUACUGAAUACACAAACAUAAGACUAGCAUUCAUACGGACAUUCUUACUGCAAAAGAAACUCUAGUUAUUUUUCCAAAAUAUUUCACCGCCUGAAAUCCUGCUAUUGGAAUAAAGUUUGUUCGGUAUUUAGUGAUUGGCACGUCAGCCUUUCAGAAGCAUCCCACCGGCAGCCGAGGGGAGAGAGAAGAUAAGAGCUUGGUCUGGUACACCUUCCUUCACGCAAGGAUGGAAACCUCAUUUGAAAACCAGUAACCAGGUUUUUUUUUGACUGGUCCAAUGUUCUAUUGCGAAAGUGGACUGGAUGCACUUUGCCUCUCAUCGACUGACUUCCAGCCAGAACGACACGCUUUAGCAAUGAUCGACAGGGUUUCCACGCUGCAAAAAUGAAACAUAUUAAGGGACGCAGUGCUUCAGGACCAUUUUGGGGUGCUUCAAAUUGGAGCGUGGCAUGUUGGGUGGGCACAGUCAUUCACCCGAGUUGAGGCAAUGAAUCUCAAUGCUUUGGUAACACAACGCAAACCCACAAUGUGCAACUGAGAGGUGAGGAGAAAUGCUCCACACCAUUUUGGGGGUCUUCAUGAUGAUUCUUUCCACAGUCCUUAUCAGACGCCACACAAAUCAAACACGCGUGUAGGACCUCAAAUGCGGGUUCCAAAAACUUAAAACUCCUGAUUCAUAUUUGUAGUAUUUUUGGAAUGAAAGGACACAGGCUGAGGGUAAUUAAUAAUUGUGUUUUUCAUGUUCACGUAUUACUUGUCAUGCGAUCGUGAAAUGCGAAAUCACAUUCAAGGAUCCUAAAUGGAGAAACCUGUCUGCAACGGCGAAGCAGAAUAAACCCUAACAGGUUUUGGUAAACAUUUGUAUGCACCAAAGAGAAAACAGAGAAUAUUUUUUGACUCACCCUGACAGAAAAUGACGUGUCACAGAUGAAGUCUGGGUGAAGAGUGAAUGUGUUGGGUGCAGAGGCUGCAGCUUGGCAGGUGAGUGACACGCUGACACGUAUCAGAAGACAGGUGAAUUCUCCCCCCGGGGGGGGGGUGUAGAUAGUUAUGUCUACAGAUGACUGACCUCCCAGUAUGUCAACAGGACGACAUAUGAAUGCGAGCGGGGAUCGUGACAGGCGGAUGAAUCAUAUCCGUCACUGUCAGCAGAUGACAAAACCCGAGGGAUGGAUGAAAAGCAGAGUGAUUUACAGUAGUUAUUCAAAAUGGUAACACCACAGCCAUUUGUGUUUUCAGUGCUUGAAGUUGCUUUUAACAGCCACUCAUUCUUAAAAGCAUUCCGAAAAUAAGCUGUGUGCUUUGUUGUGUUUUUUGCAAAAGGAUAUGGUUCAGAUGUUUUUUCAGACAAGUCUGCACUGCAUUUUCCCCUCGUGAACAGAUGAGAUGAAUGUUAAUUUGAGCCCACUUCAGUAGCACCACAGUACCAGAGAUAUACUUGCUUAUAUUUAGAAGCUGCAGCCAUUUGCAGUUCAACGUAUACAGCUAAAAGGUGAAAAACUCUGGCUGUGUUAUUAGAAAAAGAUGGCCAAACCAAUGGAUUAACCAGGACUUUCGUGAUCAACUUUACUCUUGAGCCACUCACCCUUUUUCAAAUGUGAAGAGUUGGUGGUUUAUCCAACUAGAGCUGGACAAGACAGAAAAUGACUUGCUUUUGAACAGAAACCUGUGAAAUACAUAUGCAGUAAUUGAGGCAAGAGACAUAAUUCAAUUUGGUUUCCACAUUUAUAUUAAUGUUGCAGUUUGAUCCUAUUUGAGGUCCCCUGUUCUCUAUUUGCUAAAAGAAAUUUGUUUUCUGCUCAUAAGCAGCAGCGUCAUUUGUUUAGGAGCUUGUCAUCAGUGAAAGUAAACUUGAAUGGCUUGUUAUUCUUCGCUACAUUCACCGGUGUUUUUGGCAAUUAUUCGUGGGCGCUUGAGCUUUAUUAGACUUUCAUGCUUUAAAAUUCUCUCUUAAGUGGAUGUAGAGGACCUUUUUUAAGACCUCAUAUCCCUUAUGUGGUUGUGUUCUUCACACGGCUCCUCUUCAACUUCUUUCACGAGCUAAACACUCAUCAAUUCGAGCGGCUUCUGGUCGUGAAAUUAAAGUGGUCUGUGCUCUUCUCAUGUCAGAUGUUCUCUGAUGUCAUUAUGUUUCUUGCUUAUCAUGCAUUUAUGAGUCAUCAAAUGGUGAUAUCAGGAAUUAUCAUCCACAGGACUGUAACAAUCAUGAUUCUGCUCACUUCUCAAUUUAAAGACAAAUAUGCAUCUGAUAAUCUCCUUCCAUAGUCUACGUCUGGUUUCAUAUACCUGAGCAUAUAUUCAGCUGUACUUUCAGUUUUAUUUGGGUUGAGGUGACCUGUUGUUUCAAGUGGACUGUGUUUUCUUAUGUAAGAUAUUUUUGUAAAAAAAUCAAUAAAUGAAUAAAAGACUUUAUCACAGGAACCUCAGCGCGAAAUGAUUUUGAAUACAAAACUCUAACAGGAAAUGUGGAAUUUAUUGGUUGUCAUUUUAAGAGCAUUGAAGCUAAAAUGACAGCUUGCAGACACCAACUUAUUGAUGCAUGUACAUGAAGAUGUUCUUUCUCUCUCGCAGGGUGACAGGCAUAAAUUGAGUGACGAAAGAGAACAAGAAGCGGUGAAUAGGUGGCUGCUGCUAACAUUUAUUUUUUACUGUUAAAUCAGCCAUAGACCCUUCAA